ACGUUUCUACAAUGAGGGGUUCCAUUCGGCGCAGGCCUUGCCUACCUGUGCCAGUUUCUUAAUGCGACACCGACGCCCUGCUUUUGACACAAAAUAGGCCCGGCGAGAAAGGGACACGGGAGUCACACACGCAUAUUCCUCCGGGACCCGGGAUCUUUUAUCCAUCUACACCGGAGACAGGCGGAGACCGGACACCUCCGUUCAAGCUUAGCUCACGUGCCCGCCGAUUCAGAGUGAUUGAAUUAACUGUGUAUUUUGAGACGAAAUCAUUUUUCGUCUUCAUCAAACACUUUUCGCAACCAAUUUCAGAAACUUCCCGUAGUUCAAAAACCGCAGCCAUGGCUCCCAAGAACCGCGUCAUCAUCGAUUCCGACCCAGGUAUCGACGAUGUCAUGGCCAUGCUCCUGGCCCUCUCAGCCUCCCCCGAGGAGCUCGAGGUUAUGAUGAUCUCAGUCACCUACGGAAACGUGCCUCUUCAGAGCUGCCUGAAGAACGUUGUUGCGCUCUUCCACGUUCUGGAAAAGGAGAUUGCGUGGCGCAAGGAGAAUGGAAAGCCCGAGGGCUUCGAGUCCCUCAAGGCCUACAAGCCCAUCGUGGCAGUCGGUGCCGAGCACGCUCUAGAAGAUGACGAGCUGGCCGCCGACUACUUCCACGGACUCGACGGCCUUCACGGCGUCCACGAGAAGCACCCUCACCUCUCCCCAGAUGACCGCUGGCAGUCCCUCUUCCACACCGAGAAGGACGUCGACCAUGACCCCUCCCCCUUUAACCAGUACUUCACCCCGGCCAAGCAGGUCGCCCACAAGGAGAUCUUGCGCAUCCUAAAGGAGAACGAACCCAACACAAUCUCCAUCUGCGUCGUCGGCCCCAUGACCAACGUCGCCCUCGCCGCCGCCGAGGACCCGGAAACCUUCCUCCGCGUCAAGGAACUUUGCGUCAUGGGCGGCGCCGUCCACGUCGAGGGCAACAUCACCCCGCACGGCGAAUUCAAUACCGUCGCCGACGCCGUCGCUGCCGCGCGCGUCUUCGCCCUGACCUCUCCCACCCCGCGCUCCACCAUGCCUCCCAUUUCGGACAAGAAGUCGUCCCUGCCUCCCUACCCAGCCAGGCUGUCCAAGAAGCUCAAGCUGACGCUAUUCCCCCUCGACAUCACGACUCCCCACUUGCUUAGACAGAACUACUUCACCGAGACCAUCAAGCCCAUCGUGGCGUCGGGAAGCCCCCUCGGCCAGUGGGUCAACCACUUCAUGUCCAAAUGCUUCGACAAGAUCGUGGAGAUGGAGGGCGACGGACAGGAGCCCGGCCUCUCCCUACACGAUCCCCUGACCGUCUGGUACCUGCUGACGCAGUCCGACCCCAAGUGGAAGGCCACCGCGGAGCCGGAGGACAUCCGCAUCGAGACCACGGGCCAGUGGACGCGCGGUAUGCACGUCAUCGACCGCAGGCUCCGCGUCAAGUACAACGAGGCUGCCCUCGAGGCCAGCGAGACCGGCGACAGCGUCGACGUCCUGACCCUGGCGGAGGUCCCCGGCGACACUGGCGGCUGGCUCAGCACCAGCAGGGGCAACAGAGUCAACAGGAUGGUCGAGUCCCCCGGCGAGGAAUUGUUUGCCCCUGACCUGAUGAAGAGAGUUUUCGGAUAAAGAUGGAAGAUAAAAGACGUAUAUUUUAGCCCCCCCCCCCCCCCCCCCCCUUCUAUGUGUGAGUGUGGGCUCUUCUUUCGUUGUUGUCUCGUGUCAGCACAAACAUCAUUUGAGAUUGUAGCAUGAUGGAGGAGAGAUC